AUGAUCGACACUUUAGACUCUGAAGCUCAGCUACUUGAACUAGUGAGAGAGUAUUUGGAUUUUGCUGGAUUUGAAGAAACAGUGAAAGUAUUCACAAAGGAAUGUGAAAUAAAGGAGAAGUCACUACCUAAUCCAGGAGGUGUUUCCUCAAGAUGUUCAAAAGCUUUGCCUGUUCAGAAAGAUCUGCUUACAGCAUUUGAAAAUGGUGAGCAGAAGACUUUCUUCCAGCUCUGGGAGGAGCAUGUUUCACCUUCAAUCCGGACCAAUGAUCAGGUUGCUCAGAAGCUGGAGUUCCAUCUUCAUGUCCACUUUGCCACCUACCUCUUGAAGAACUCUAUGGAAAAGUCUGACAAUGCUGAACUUGAGGAAAGGAUUUUUCUUUUUAAGGCAUAUCUGGAAAAAAAAGGAGCUCCACUGAGCCAGACUGCAGAGUUUCUUCCCUUCUAUGUUUUGCCUUUUGUUCCAAACCCCCUGGUACAUCCUUCAUUUAAGGAAAUUUUUCAGGAUUCUUGGACAUUGAAUUUGAGGACAAGAUUGGAAGAGUUCCUGUCUGUGACUCUGAAAACCAGUCAGACUCCACAACUUCUCGCUUUAUUUAAAGAGAAUGGAGAGUGCAACAAAGAAACGUUGCAAAGUCUUCAAGAAGAGUUAGUGACCUCUCAGAAACAAUAUAAUGACUUGCAGGAGAGCUACCAUAAUCUCAUUACAGUCAGUGCAGAUCUGGUGGAUUGCUUGAAGGCCAUAGUCAAUGGCAAGACGGUCUCAGCAGAACAUCUUCAUAGCAUUUGUGUUCGCUUGUGUAGCAAUCAGAUGAGACAAAGUGUAGCUCAUAGUACUGACUUCACAAGGCCUGGAACUGGAUAUUACUCUAUGAGCCCUUGUGAUGAUGGAUAUGCUUCCAAGAUACUAAGAGCAUCUUCAGUCUCUGUGAGCAUGCAGGAUGUGCCACUGUUGCCCUCUGUGGAUUAUGAGAAGCUGAAGAAAGAUUUAAUUACAGGGAGCGAGCGUCUCAAGGCCUUCUUACUGCAGGCUCUGCGCUGGCGCUUGACAAAAUCAUAUCCUGGAGAACAGAGGGACACUGUCCUGCAAGCCUACAUCAACCAUGACCUCCUCGACUGCCACAGCAACUGUCAGGGAAGUGUCUUUAAAUUAUUUUGUUCUAAAAGUAACAUAGUCAGACAGUACACAGCAAGACUCAUCAAUGCUUUUACUUCAUUGUCAGAAGGUCGUGUCUACCUUUCUCAGAAUCCAAUGUUGCUGCAAAUGCUGGAGGAGAGACUGAAAGCUGAAGACAAGGAUUCCCUUACAUGGAGGAAUGUUCUGGCAGCUCUGCAGAAAUUCAGCCUCAGGCGUGCUCUGCAGUCAGCAAUGAUUGAAGAUGGGCUCAUUUCCUGGCUGGUUGAUCUUCUAACAGAUAUAGAUUGCCUGUCUGAUUACACACUGGAAUAUUCUAUGGCCUUGUUAAUGAAUCUCUGUCUGCGGAGUGCAGGGAAGAAAUCGUGUGCAAGGUUUCCAAAACGUGUGCUCAAAGUUCUUUCCAGUCUUCUUGGCCACGAGAAUCAUGAGAUACAAAGGUAUGUGAAUGGAGCACUGUACAGCAUUCUUGCUAUCCCUUCUGUCCGGGAAGAAGCCAGAGCAAUGGGAAUGGAAGAAAUUCUGCGUGAGUUUAUCAAGGAAGGAAAUGCAGAGAUGAUCCGUCAGAUCGAAUUUAUUAUCAAGCAGCUUAAUUCAGAAGAGCCAUUUAAUGAUAGUAUCGUGUCUGACGAUGAGGAGGAAGAAGAUGAUGGGGAAGAGAACCAUGACGUCAUGGAGGCUGAUCUGGACACCGAGGAAGUUUUGCAGCCUCAACUGGGAGAGCUUGCAGGAGAGAAGCUGCUAACAACUGAGUACUUGGGAAUAAUGACUCAUGCUCCAAAACCCAAGAAGAAAUCCUUUCCUGUUGUGCAUCAGAGUGUAGAUGAGCCACUCCAGAGACCUGUGACACCAGGUCAUCACAGAACCGUGUCUUUAACGCAAGAAAAUGAUACUAGUUAUUGUCCUGGUAAGGAUGAGAAGCUGCAGUCUCUACCAAGAGGUCCUCUGACUGCUUGUGGUGGGAGCAGGUCCAGCACAUCUGACACCUGCAUUUUGUCUUCAUCAGAUGAAACGAAGUCAUCUGAAGUAUUCUCAUCAGGCUGUAGAAUGGACCAAAGCAUCCCAGAUGGUGACAAUGUCUCAUCUUCCCCACCUACUGACUUCACCCAGAACGAAGUAGAUGAGCGUAAUCACAGCGAGUUUCUCUAUGCCUUCACUAGCAAACCCAAGAUCCCUCGCACUCCUGAACCUCAGAAUGCCAGUCCUGGAAAGGAAAAGGUCCCAGCCACUGCCUCCCAGUGCUCUCGGUCUGGACCCAAACAAACAAGCCUUCCCAGCUCCUCAGGAUCAUCCACAAGCAGCAAACGGAGCAGGCAGUCCAACAGGAAGUGA